AAUACUGCGGAGGCCAUCUAGCCCUGCAGUGGUGAUACAAACCACAUCUCUGAACACUUUCGAGCUUCAGCUAAAAACCCCGUCCGCUGCCCCCACUGAGCCGCACCCCGGAACUCGCCCAACCCAUCAAAUCCCCGUCGCCGCCAACACUAAACUAUCUGUGCUUACUGCGUAGAAUGGUAGAAGGUGGACCACCGAGAAACCAAAAGCAAGACUCUGAUGUAAAAAUCGAGCACCUAGCAAACGGCUGCGGAUCAAAGGAUCUGGAGCUUGGAAACUUUACAACGACCAAAGAUAUCCCAUCGAAAGUCUCGGCGGAUGUAGAUAAAUCCAGUGAUAAAGCUGACUUCGAAAAAGCCAUCGAACUCACCAGAUAUGGGAAAUUUCACUUCUUACUUCUAGCAAUAUGCGGCUUCGUAAGCACCUCCGAGGAGAUGGACGUCAUCUCGAUGUCGUUCAUCCUCCCUUCGGCCCAGUGCGACUUAAACCUCAACACUCAAACCAAAGGGUGGCUCAAUUCCAUCAUAUUUAUUGGUAUGAUGGCAGGAGCCUACGUUUGGGGUUCAGUAGCAGACUCAUUGGGUCGUAAGAAGGUGCUUAUUGUGAGUUCCUUCAUGAAUGCUCUAUGUAUAGUAGCUUCUAGCUUCUGUCAAACAUAUGAGCUGUUCAUGGUCUUCAGAUUUCUAAACGGGGCGGCAUUAGGGGGCAGCGGACCAGUAAUCUGGUCAUACUUUGCGGAAUUCCAACCUAAAUCCAAGAGAGGUUCCAUGCUUUCAUUCAUGGCAGCUUUCUGGACCUUGGGUAACUUAUUUGUAGCUGGAUUAGCUUGGUUGAUUAUUCCAGCAGAUAUUGGUUUCAAGAACCAGUAUUUUGUGUAUAAUUCUUGGAGAAUAUUUCUUCUCAUUUGCUCAUUUCCAUCCUUUAUUGUGGCGGCUUUACUGUUCUUCUUGCCAGAAAGUCCCAAGUUCUUACUUACACAAGGUAAGAGUGAGGAAGCUCUUGCAAUAUUUAAGUACAUUUACCAUGUAAACACCGGGAAUGAUCCCGAAGACUAUCCAGUUAAACAUCUCAUAUUCGAACAAGAAGAGCUCACUCUUGAACAAAAAGCCAAAAUUGCAAAGAGAGGCAAAUAUACCAAUAUGAUUGUUGAUAUUUUAGAUAAUAGUAAGCAAUUGUUUGUUUCACCAAUUUUGAAAUUCACAGUUAUUUCAAUUACCAUCAACUUUACAUUUCACAUUGGAUACUACGGUCUUAUGAUGUGGUUCCCUGAAAUGUUUAACAGAUUUGACGAAUACGCUAAAAUUCACAACGGCGCAGAAGCUGGUGUAUGUGAAGUUGUGGACUACGUUGUCAGUAGUGGGAGCCAUAGUGACAGUGUUUUAUGCAGUGACAAGAUUUCUUCAUCUGUAUUUUUAGAAUCAUUGAUAACAGUGUCUGCUGCAUUACCAAGUAACAUUAUUGCUGUAUUGGGAAUGGACAGAUUGGGUAGAAAAUUCUUUUUAGUGUUCAGUACAGUAUCAUCUGGAUUAUGCUCAGCAUGCAUGUAUUUCGUUUACAACAAGACUCAUAAUCUAAUUGUAUCUGCAGUAUUCAGUAGUGUUAUUUCAUGCGGUAACGCUGCUUUAGAUUCCCUCAUCACUGAAAUCUUCCCAACUCAUCUCAGAGCUACAGGUAUUGCUGUAUCCAUGGUUGCUGCUCGUCUUGGUGGCAUAAUUGGAAACAUAGUAAUUGCUCAGUUACUUGACUUAUACUGUCCAGCACCUACUUUUAUCGUAACUGGUUUAUUGAUAGGAGGAGGUCUUCUCUGCUUGUUCCUUCCAAACACCACUCAGAAACCACUUCAAUAGACAAAACUAUCCACAUCUAACCGUAUUUUAUGAAGAUUGACUUGCGUUCUAAGUUUCUGUUAUGUUAAGAAAAUAUGUUUGCCAUUUACUUACAUUAUGGUUCAUUUUUGUAUUAAUUUGGAUGAACCGUUUUAAGGAAGUCAUAAAUCAAUAAAAAAAUGAUCAUUUUGUAAUUCACCUGGAGAUAAAUAUAUCUUCAUAAUUAGUAUUAGUAACGUAAGAGAAAUUAGUUUAGUUGAUAGAAUUUAUACAUUUUCGUCAUGUAUUAUAUUAUUAAAUAAAGAUUAUUAUUC